UCAAAGGAUGUCUGUGUCAUUGCACCGACUGGCCAGAGCACGUCUUUGCUCUGUGUUCUCCCACUGCUUGUUCAGAAAUCAGGUGUUUCUCUUGUCAUCACGCCUUAUACGAGCUUAGUUUCCACUUUUUUUUCAAUUGACAUGGGCUUUAUGGUGAUUUACAGGCACUGUGCUCUCAGAAUCCGCUCAGUCUUUAUCAAUGCGAACCAGAAGGAUGCUACCACACUGGCUGAUGGUGCACAUGGACUUUAUAGAGUUGUGUUCGCAUGUGUGGAGAUGAUGGAGAGUCCCAUGAUGGCAAAGAUUUUACAUGCGGAUUCAUUUAAGGCUGUUUUGUCUGCCAUAUACAUUGAUGAGUCUCAUCUUGUCCACGAGUCUGUC